CUCCCACAAUGCAUUGGUGUAAACAAAGAUGACAGGUGCCAGCCAACGUUGAAAAAUCAAGAAGCUAAAGCUUUAUUUUUCCGAACAUUGCGGCGUCUCAUUUGUAUGACAGUCAUUGCAAAUCACUGAUUUUGAAGCAGAUACAUGGUUGGUUAAUUCAUAAUGUUAGCUGCAAGACGAUUGGUCCAUGUCAUCAAUUUACAGCGAAUGGGAUUUGUCAGCGGCUAUGAUGUGCAGAUGAGAUAUGCCCGCUACCAUUUGGAGGAACUUGCCGGAAAACAAGGAGCACAUGGAUUUAAUGUUAUCCUGUUAGUAGAGCAUAAUCCUGUCUAUACCACUGGUAUUAGAGACAAAAUUUACACGAAAGAGGAAGAAAACAACCUAAGAUCAAAAGGUGCUGAAUUCCACCGCUCCAAUCGUGGUGGUCUGGUAACUUUUCAUGGGCCAGGACAGUUAGUGGCCUAUCCGAUAUUGAACUUAAAGCAUUUCCAUAUGGGUAUGAGAGACUAUGUGUGUAAUCUUGAGAAGACCAUGGUUAAUACGUGUGGUUAUUUUGGUCUUAAGGCUACCAUAACUGGAGAUACUGGAGUCUGGAUACAAGAUAGGAAAAUUGGUGCUAUAGGAAUCCAUGGUAGCCGAUACGUGACAACGCAUGGUGUGUCUUUGAAUUGUAACACAGACUUGGAAUGGUUCAAGCAUAUUGUUCCAUGCGGUCUUGAAGGAAAAGAUGUCACCUCUUUAUCCCGUGAACUCAACAAGGAUGUUAGCAUCAACGAUACAAUACCAUUCUUCCUUGAGUCUUUUAAACAGAAAUUUGACUGUGAAAUUGAUGACAGUUUUCUUAUGCAAGAGCAUUUCAGUAUUUUACCGACCAAAGAGAAUUUAGAGAAAGUGGAGAAGAUAUACAAGAUGACUCAUACGUCUGCUGAAACUGAAAUCUGAACCAAAAGAAAUACUGUCAAGAAACUUGGAGUAGUCUAGAAUGAAAAUAUAUGAUUCGAUAAUUCAAAGCUCAGUUAAUCAAUAACAAGAAUGUAUUCCAAGACUGGUUUCCAAACUCAUUUUGUAACUAUAGAUCGAGCAUGUGAUUGGUUCAAUUGGAGAUGGAGAUCAUGUUUUUAAUUGACCAAUGGCAAGGCUGUAUUCAGAGAUCAGGUCUCCAAACUCAGUUUUGUAAUAUACUAGUUGGAACAUUGCUUUAUUUUAAACAAGUUUAUGAUUGCUGGAAACAUUUAACAUUGAGCAUUUAAGCUUAGGUUUCAUUAAUGGUUCAACGUUCAAAAUGGUACCGUGAUGAGUGCAUAAGUGGUAGGGCUAGCAGCAUAGUUUACUGAAUUCUUGUUGCUAGUUUCUGCAAUAGCGGUAAUCAUGCGGUGUCAUGUAUACUUUACUAAGUAUUGAAACAUUAUUUUUGUUACUUUAAAGGGGUUGAAAAGGUUGUUUUCUCCCAUUUGAGCUUGCCUAUUGUUAUAAAAUCAAAAUAUUUUACUAUUACUGUCUUUGUUGCAAUAAGAUGUCUAUUUACUUUAUUAUACACAUAGUCAAAAUGAAGCAUGUAUAAUGAAUUCACUCAUUGUUUUGUGUAAAAAAUUGCCCCUUGACAUUAGUGUAAAUCUUGCCUUGUGUUGUUUUAUUGUCAUAAAUGUCUGAAUAAUGUCAGCAACUAGGUUUGUAGUAGAUUAUUAUUACUUUUUUUGUGAGUGAGUUUUUCUAAUAUUAUACUUUUUAUGUUUAUUAAGAUGUAUUAAGCGCAGUAUCUGUAUUUCUUUUUAGUAUUGUGUUUGUCUCAAUAAUUGUACUUAAGCAUUGUGCUAGUAUUUUUAGCAAAAUGUAUCCCUCUGUAUAUUGGUAAGAAAUCCUUUCUUUAACAAGUGAAAAACACUACCUCAAAACAUGUGAAAAUUCAAAAACGUGUUUGAUGAAAAAAGUUAUCAGAAACUUAUUUUUGUUUAUUGUAAACAUAAGAAAAAACUAAAAUGAUUUUUUUCUCAUAAACCACAUACUGUACAUUUACUGUCAUAGAUUUUUACACAAACAUGGUCUGUAGCAUCAUGAUAUGAAACUUCUUCAGGUUUGUUCAGUCGAGUCUCUGGUUUGCCAGAGCUGAAAAAACUGAAAGCUGAAAAGCUGUUUAACCCUUACCCUGCUAUAUUUCUAAAAUGGACUGGUCCAUCAUUCAAUUUGGUGAGUACCACAUUAUUUAAAGGGGUGUUCAAUGAAAAUUUACUGACUGAAUAGCGAACAGCGCAGACCGUGUCCGUGCAGGCUACAGCCAGCAAGCUAAAGGUUAAACAGCGUAUUAUGAACCUCUUUGUCCGAAUUUAUGGAUUACCACCAAACUUUGGCUGAAGCUGUAGACCUGUCUUAGCUUUUGUGUUCUCUACAAAAAGGAGGACAUUUUUACAGUUUCCACAUUGUCUUUCUGCAAUUUCUCUGUCUGCCUAGAAGACUCUUAGAACCUGACAGAAAAUUAAUGCUAUCUCUUUGAAAUGAACUUCAGAAUGUUUUCAGGACAGAAAUGUGUAACGCCAGGUUAAGAAGUUAUGGUCCUUUGAAAUAUACAAAGCAUGUUGGAAUUAAAAGGGCUGCCCGAUAACAUCUGUCAAAGUUUGUGUAACUUAAAUAGCUAAUGGUCUUGUUUAGAUUUCACAGGUGGACUUUAGCACAGGUUUAACUCUUAUGAGUUGAAACGAAACUGUAGAAAUUAAGAAACAUAAUGUAAGUUAUCAGAAACUUAUUUUUGUUUAUUGUAAACAUAAGAAAAAACUAAAAUGAUUUUUUUCUCAUAAACCACAUACUGUACAUUUACUGUCAUAGAUUUUUACACAAACAUGGUCUGUAGCAUCAUGAUAUGAAACUUCUUCAGGUUUGUUCAGUCGAGUCUCUGGUUUGCCAGAGCUGAAAAAACUGAAAGCUGAAAAGCUGUUUAACUUUACCCUGCUAUAUUUCUAAAAUGGACUGGUCCAUCAUUCAAUUUGGUGAGUACCACAUUAUUUAAAGGGGUGUUCAAUGAAAAUUUACUGACUGAAUAGCGAACAGCGCAGACUGUGUCCGUGCAGGCUGCAGCCAGCAAGCUAAAGGUUAAACAGCGUAUUAUGAACCUCUUUGUCCAAAUUUAUGGAUUACCACCAAACUUUGGCUGAAGCUGUAGACCUGUCUUAGCUUUUGUGUUCUCUACAAAAAGGAGGACAUUUUUACAGUUUCCACAUUGUCUUUCUGCAAUUUCUCUGUCUGCCUAGAAGACUCUUAGAACCUGACAGAAAAUUAAUGCUAUCUCUUUGAAAUGAACUUCAGAAUGUUUUCAGGACAGAAAUGUGUAACGCCAGGUUAAGAAGUUAUGGUCCUUUGAAAUAUACAAAGCAUGUUGGAAUUAAAAGGGCUGCCCGAUAACAUCUGUCAAAGUUUGUGUAACUUAAAUAGCUAAUGGUCUUGUUUAGAUUUCACAGGUGGACUUUAGCACAGGUUUAACUCUUAUGAGUUGAAACGGAACUGUAGAAAUUAAGAAACAUAAUGUAAGUUAUCAGAAACUUAUUUUUGUUUAUUGUAAACAUAAGAAAAAACUAAAAUGAUUUUUUUCUCAUAAACCACAUACUGUACAUUUACUGUCAUAGAUUUUUACACAAACAUGGUCUGUAGCAUCAUGAUAUGAAACUUCUUCAGGUUUGUUCAGUCGAGUCUCUGGUUUGCCAGAGCUGAAAAAACUGAAAGCUGAAAAGCUGUUUAACCCUUACCCUGCUAUAUUUCUAAAAUGGACUGGUCCAUCAUUCAAUUUGGUGAGUACCACAUUAUUUAAAGGGGUGUUCAAUGAAAAUUUACUGACUGAAUAGCGAACAGCGCAGACUGUGUCCGUGCAGGCUGCAGCCAACAAGCUAAAGGUUAAACAGCGUAUUAUGAACCUCUUUGUCCAAAUUUAUGGAUUACCACCAAACUUUGGCUGAAGCUGUAGACCUGUCUUAGCUUUUGUGUUCUCUACAAAAAGGAGGACAUUUUUAUAGUUUCCACAUUGUCUUUCUGCAAUUUCUCUGUCUGCCUAGAAGACUCUUAGAACCUGACAGAAAAUUAAUGCUAUCUCUUUGAAAUGAACUUCAGAAUGUUUUCAGGACAGAAAUGUGUAACGCCAGGUUAAGAAGUUAUGGUCCUUUGAAAUAUACAAAGCAUGUUGGAAUUAAAAGGGCUGCCCGAUAACAUCUGUCAAAGUUUGUGUAACUUAAAUAGCUAUUGGUCUUGUUUAGAUUUCACAGGUGGACUUUAGCACAGGUUUAACUCUUAUGAGUUGAAACGGAACUGUAGAAAUUAAGAAACAUAAUGUAAGCAGAUUAUAGUUCUGUAUUUCCUAUUGUCUGUGAUUUUAUGUGCGCUGUUUUAAAGACAGAUGCUAAUGGAAUAUGUGACAGAAAAUGAAUUUGAAUGUUAGAUAAGCAUUGUAUUGAGGCUUUUUGGCUCACCUGGGCACAAAGUGCUUUGGGUUGAGCUAUUGCGAUCACUCAUUGUCCAUUCGUACACUUUUUUCUUCAAAUGACAUCUUCUCUGAAACUUCUUGUCAGAAUGGCACCAGACUUGGUUAGUAGCAUCCUAGCAUGGUCCUCUAUCAAGUUUGUUUAAAUGUUUCAGCUUGGCCCUUUUUAGGGACUGCCAGAGCUUAAAAAAGAAAAAAAAACUUUAAAAACUUCUUCUAAUGAUCCACUGGUUGGAUCUUUAUCAAACUUUGUGUGUAGGAUCAUUAUAAUAUCCUGUCCUAAGGUUUUCAAACUGGGGCAUUGGCCACUUUUAGGAUUCACUAGAGCUAACUUCUUCUCAGGAACCACUUAAUGGAUCUUCAUCAAACUUGGUCUGCAGCAUCAUUGUGAGGUCCUCUCCCAAAUUUGUUCAAAAGGGGGUGACUUGUUGACUUGUCCCUUUUAGGGGAUGUUAGAGCUAAGAAUAUAAGUACCUUUAAACAACUUCUUGUGAACCAAAAUAUGCAUCUUCAUCAGACUUGGUCUGUAUCAGCAUUUUAGAGUCUUCUCCAAAUUAUAUUUGAGCCAGCAUACUGGGCCCCUUUAGGGGAAUUUAGAGGUACAAAUAGAACAAUUUCAAAGAAACCUUCUGAAAGAUCUUUAGCCUGCUCCAACUGUCUGUGUGGGUUUUUUUUUUUGUAAAGACUAAAGAACCUUGUUCCUCAUCUGUCACAUUAGUUUAUGUAAUUAACUUCUGCUGCCUCUGGGAGGUUUGACACCUGGAGUAUAUUAUGGUCCUCUUCCAAAAUUGCACACUCUCUAGCCUGUUUAAGGUGAGCAUUCUAGAUCCAUCAAGGCCCUCUUGUUUUCUGUGCCUCCUAAAAUGAGGCAUGAAAUAAUCACAUUGUCUGAUAGUAACUAUCAUCUGAAACAUUUUGUGUCAUAACUAUUUAAGAUGUUCUAGUAAAACUUUACACAAAUGUGAAGCGUAACAACACAUUGUGUACCAUACAAGAAUAGGGUCUGUACUAUUUUAUGUCAAAGUUUGUUGUAUAGAAUGCUACUUUUUCUUUCUUAAUUAACUGAAUACAAAUGUAGACUUA